AUGGUGUGCGGCCACGAAGAAGCGGCGAGACUAUUGCUUUCCGCCGGGGCGGACGCACGCUUCGAGGACCUCGUGGAUCGGUUUUCUGUGCUUCACGAGGCGGCUUACGGGGGGCAUGAACAGCUGGUGAAGGACCUGUUGAUAGCUGAUGCAGACCCAAGUCGGCUCAGUUCCGCUCCUUCAAGAAUUAGUCAAUUGCAGCAAGCUGCCCUGGGUGGGCAUCCGAGUAUUGCGUCUGCCCUUGCUCAAGGGGGCAGACAUCGAUGUUCUGGACGGGUGCGGGAAGUCGCCACUGAUUUGGGCAGCAGACGAGGGCUAGUUGGCUGCAGCCGAGGCUUUCUUGCCUGCUGGUUCCAACUUCAAUAGUCUAUCCGGAGCACUGACAGAAACAACAGCGGCUGCGCGGCCCUCGACUGAGCUGCGUACCAUGGGUACGCCCACAUCCUGAAAGCAAUCCUUGUACAUGGGGCUAAUGCGAAUACUCGUGACUACAGGGGCCUCACCGCUCUGCACACCGCUGCUGGUGCAGACCAGGCGGGUAUCGUAGAAGCACUGAUUGAGGAAGGAGCCGACGUCAAUCUAAUGACAAACGACGUACGAACACCUCUCGCCUUUGCCGCGUGUGCCAGCAAAAACAAAGCUUUGCUAGCCCUCUCUUGCAUAGUAGGGCCGUGACGAAACAGCCUUAACAACUGGUGGCCAAACCCCUGUGCAUUUGCUUGACAGACCCGCACUCUUGCACGAGCCAGAGAAGCCAUACUGUUCGGAUGAAGACAUGAAGCGCGCACGCCUGCUGUUGGCCCGGGCGGAGGCGGCUGGCGUCGACGAAGCUGGCUGAUAAUGGUCCGCUCGCGCGCCUCGAAGACGACAGCGAAGGACGAAACAAGUGGCAAAGACGGUGGUGAUUCGAACGAAUCUGCUGCCCGAGCAAAAGACAACUGUAAGGUUGCGAAUUGUGAGGGCGCGACAAGUUCCGUUGUACAGGAUGUGAGUGGGCAGGCUCUUAACGGCGGGAGUGGAGGUGGAGUUGGAGCCAAGGGUGCGGACUUGAGCAGCGUGGUGGCGUUGCUGGUGGGGCUUGAGCUGCAGGGCUUGUUCCGUACAGUCGUGGGUUUUCUUUGAACGCGGGUGCAAGCUGAAGAGCCUUGAAGCGUUGGUGAGGUCAGAGGUGUUGCCGCUUAGGCUCUGGUGGCUAGCGAUCCUGGACGAAGUUGGAUCUUAGGGGGGUGUUGGUAGAUGGGGAGUAUUGCCGCUCCCCGCCCCCAGGUUAUUUUUCUGGAAAACUUGCCACAAGGCAAGACAGCUAGCCG